AUGGUGCCCGUCACCCAGAAAGGUCAGGAACUGACACUGACAGCUGCGCAUUUCCCAUUUAAAUCUCUUUUAAAACGUCCCCCUGAUGUCAACAUGCUAAGCUGGAUUCUCAAUCUUCUCAGAAAUGAUGAUCGGAUUAGAUCAAUGGUGCUUAUAUCUGGGCCUCCAAAUACAGGCAGUGAUGCAAGGACACCUAAGGGGAAAUCAGAGGUUCAGUUUACUGAAGAUGGCAAAGGUGGUAAUGGCCUGCUACAGGAUACCAAUGGACUGGAAGAAGAACUUAGACAGAACAAGCUGUCAUGGCAAGGAACUGGAGAUCCUCUGCCACAACUCCUUGCAGUUGUACCCUCCAUAGAACAGUGCACAAAUGAUCUGAGUGAGGAGGAAGAGUGUGAAGAAUAUGAUGACUUUUCUGAACUUUCUGACACAAGGAGCAUUGCAUCUGAUGAUUCAUUUUAUCCACCAGAUACUGAGACCAAAGGUUGGCUUUAUGGGGAAGAAAAUAGCGAUGGGGAUCGGUAUGAGUAUACAGACUUUGAUACUGACAGUUUCAAGAGUUUCGAUAGUAUGCCUAGUCCUGAACCACUUUCUGUCUUUAAAGCAUGCAGUAGCAACAAUGCAAUUGUUUUAAGAGCUCUCAAACGUCAAGGCUUAACUGAAGAAGAAGUUUGUGAAACAGACCGAAACAACAGGACGGGCCUACUUGUCGCAUGCUAUCAAGGCUAUGUGGAUAUAGUGAUCACGUUAUCUCAAUGCCCUUACAUUGAUGUCAACUGGCAAGAUAAUGAGGGGAAUACUGCUCUCAUAACAGCAGCACAAGCAGGGCACAUAACAAUCACAAACUUUUUGUUAAAUUAUUAUCCUGGUUUGGAUCUUGAAAAAAGAAAUACCCAUGGAUUUACAGCAUUAAUGAAAGCAUCAAUUCAAGGCAGAACAGACUGUGUUCGUGCAUUAAUGUUAGCAGGUGCCGAUAUUCAUGCAGUUGAUCCAAAUCGGGGAUUCACAUCAAGAGAAUGGGCAAGGUUUACAGGGAGAUACGACACAGCCUAUCUCAUGCAAAAACUACUGGAAAGACCACUGGCAGAACAAUUUAGUGAUCAGUUUAAAAUGGAAUGGCCUAAAAUGAAAGAGCUUCUUGCCAAAGCAGCAGAACCCAAAUCAUGUGCACAGAGAAUCUCAGAAUGUAUGAAAUCAGCUUUUACUUUUAAUUAUUUUAGUGACCCAGAAGAAGAUGGGGUUCUUGAUUACAUGGUUAGAAUUACUACAGGCAUGAGCAGCCCAUUUGUUGCUGUUAGUUGCAGAACAGUAUGUCCAGGCAGCCCACCCUGUAUUGGUAAACGUAGAUAUUCUGUUCAGGAGAUUAUCAGAACACAAAGAGCAGAAGACAUAAAAGUUUUAGACAAAACCCACAAAAAAUCCUAUGAAAAACUUUUCAAGAAUACUCAGGUUAUUGUAGUUCCCCCAAAAAAGGAAAGGAGAGCCAGUCUUCAAGUAAAUGUAUCUCAAAGAGCUGCCGUAAUUAACAACAGACGAACAAGCCUUCUACCUCUACAUUUAUUAAGAAGAAGCAGUGUGAGGCCAGGUUUCAUGAUUCCAAAAGUUCGCAUUAGUAAAGCACCUGCACCUACUUACCACCCUGAAAAAUUAAGAAGACGGAAUAAUGUUAAUGACAACACUUGCUUGCAGAUUCCAAAAUGGCGAUAUAAAGAGAUAAAGGAACAGAGAAAGAAAGCAGAGGAAGAGGCACUUCGAAAACUUGAAGAGGCACAAAAGGAAAAAAAAAGUGCUAGACCAAGAACUUAA